CGCUCCCGCUCCCUCCGUCAGCGAACCGGGCUGGCCUCGUCCCGCCGGGCUGGCAGAGCCGUGCCCGUCCGGCUGUCGGAGCGGGAAAACACCGCUCGGGGUGUAAAGGAAUGGUAGCGGGCGAGCCGCAUGGGAACCCCGGCUCUAGGUGUCCUCACACCUCGUGGAUAGAGCGGUGUUCCCCGUGUGAGACCGUCACGCCGUGGACACGUCGGAGCCUGGUUCAAGAGCCACUGUCCCGAAUUAAUAUGCAAGGCGUGCCGGAGCAGUGGACACACGAUGCCUACCCAGAGGAGUGUUGGGAGGAGCGUGGCUUGAUCUCCCUCUUGUGGAAAAUUAUUGGAACUAUAUUCUCGUGAUAGGAAGACAGUAAGUCGGGCAUCCAUCAGGGAACAAACGAUGGCAGCAGUUACCAUGCCACCUGAUGCUCUUGUCAGCCCUCAAGGAAGUGAGGAGGUGGACUCUCUGAUUGUACUGCAUUAUAAUUACACAGGGAAGCUUAUUUUAAGGGAAAAGGCAACUGAUAAAAUAGACCUGCCCACUAUUGCAUUUCUGAUCCUAUGUAGUUUCAUAGUCCUGGAAAACUUGAUGGUGUUGAUUGCCAUAUGGAAAAACAAUAAAUUUCACAACCGCAUGUACUUUUUUAUUGGCAAUCUAGCCCUCUGUGAUCUUUUAGCUGGGAUUGUUUACAAAGUAAACAUUCUUAUGUCUGGGAAGAAAACUCUGAGCUUGUCCUCCACAAUCUGGUUCAUUAGGGAAGGCAGCAUGUUUGUUGCCCUGGGAGCCUCCACUUUCAGCUUGUUAGCGAUAGCAAUUGAGCGGCAUUUGACCAUGAUUAAAAUGAGGCCUUACGACGCAAAUAAAAAAUACAGAGUGUUCCUUCUCAUUGGUACAUGCUGGCUAAUUUCGAUUUCCUUGGGUGCCCUGCCCAUCCUCGGCUGGAAUUGUAUAAACAACUUACCAGAUUGCUCAACAAUUUUGCCUCUGUACUCCAAGAAGUACGUUGUGUUCUGCAUUAGUAUCUUCAUAGCUAUUUUGGUUGCCAUUGUCAUCCUCUACGCCCGUAUCUACAUACUGGUAAAGUCCAGCAGCCGUAAUGUCACCAACCACAACAACUCGGAGCGGUCCAUGGCCCUCCUUCGGACUGUUGUGAUCGUUGUUAGUGUCUUCAUCGCGUGCUGGUCCCCGCUCUUCAUCCUGUUCCUCAUCGAUGUGGCCUGCAGAGUCAAGGAGUGCUCCAUCUUGUACAAAGCCCACUGGUUUAUUGCUCUGGCGGUCAUCAAUUCCGCGAUGAACCCCAUCAUCUAUACCCUGGCCAGCAAGGAAAUGCGUCGGGCUUUCUUUCGCCUUGUUUGUGGCUGCCUGGUGAAAUCCAAGGUGGCCAGGUCUUUGCCCAUUCCGCCCACACCAGACCACAGUCGCAGUAAAUCCAGCAGCAGCAAUACCCAGAAGCCAAAGGAAGAUUUCCCACCGAUGAAUGUUGCCUCGUAUAUCGCUGAGAAAAAUGAGUCUCCAUUUCACAAUGGAAACUUCUGUAAGUAAAGGACUCCUCGAGACCAGUACUUUUCUGUGUUUUUUAGGUUUAAGCUACAAGCGUAGUUUAAAUAUUCAUGCACUUCAGUCACAGUGGAAAACACUAACCAUUUAUUUAACUUUGAGGACAUAUUCAUCUACAAUCAUUUGCUUUGGGUGUUCAUUCAGUUACGCACCUGAUUCAGAAAAAGCCUUUCAUCCUACCCAGUGCCCAGGACAGAGUCUGUGCACAGCUAAUGACAUCACACACCACAAUGGCAUUGCAUGUUUACCUUCUGAUCUUGCAAGGCGUCACCAAAAAGUUGGAGACUUUGGCAUUCACUAAAGACUGCUGACGAUUGGAAGAUGAGCCCGAUUAUUGCCAACUGGACGAAGAGUUCAUUACACAAGUUGGUUAUAAUUCCCUAUAUGUACCUUACUGUUGUGUUAAUAGCCUUACAUGUAUGUGGUAUAAAUUGCUGUAUAUUUGUACAGUUUCUCAUUAAAAAGUCAUUGAUUGGUGAAAGUUUACAAUGAGCUAAAUGUAUCACACUAUACAGUGUAAGGUGACUAAUUGUACAAAUAGAAGCAUUUCAAUGGGGAUAUUUAAAAUGAAGUAGUAGCUUUUAGCUGUCAGAAACUUUAACAAGUCAUAUCAAUGCAGUAUUUUUAUUUUUUCCACUGUUACUCAAACUUUUCAUUUUUAGUGAAAGACAACAUGACAGUUGUCACUGUGGCAUUUCACAACAUGUUUUAAGUAAGCAGUAGUGAAUAACCAUUGAGAGAGGAUAUAUAUGUUUGCUAUUUAAAGUAGUUUAAAUGUGACCCCUCAAUACAUGUCUAACAAGUGUAUGUACUGUUUCCAUGCAUAUAUUUUUGCUCACUAUUUUCAAUGUAUUUAAAAAUGUGUGUCCAACCUGUGUAAACCUGUGUACAUUGUGAAUGCACUACGUAAGCAGAGACUCUUCGGUUCUGAAACAGAGACCUAUCAUUUCAGAAACCAACGAACCACAGUGGGUUCCUGUGGAGUUCCUUCUUCCCUCUCCAGGCCCUGCCACAGCCUGGGAUUGUGUUAGAAGUUCUCCCCGGGAAGUUUAACCAGUGGGACAAUGUCCCGUUUUCUGUCAACGGGACCCUGCACUUCUGCCACCUCUGGACACUUCUGCAGGUACCAGAGGGAAGAUGCGGUACAACAGGAUCAUGCUCCGUUUAUACCUGAUCCUGCAUGGAUCUGGAAGGAAUGCUUAUUUAGUUUGGAAGAUCUGGAACCCCAGCCCCAACMUUUUGAGAGGCUGUUCCAGAGGAACCUGGAAACAACUUCAUAGUUCAUCGCUGCCUUAGCAGCCUCAGUACAAGAGGGUAUUUAUUGUCGGAGGGGAUCCCUGAAACCUGGAGCAGUAAAGACUUCACAGACAUCUGGUGUCAGGUCCCCAUGGAAGUGGCCUGUGGUACUUCCAUCAAUUGUACUUGAUGGCUGGAGGCUUCAGUGGAAUUUGAGGAGAAAUUCUGGGACAAGUUCCACUUGUCUUUCAGUAAGAAUGUAUACAUCUGACUUUCUUGAGCUCUUUCAAAAAUUUGUGUUUAAUGUCUCAGAACACACCUUGCUUUAUGCACAAUCAGAAGUAGUUGAGGCUUUUUCUAAUACACAGACUGAAAGAGCUCUCCUUAGCUUUACUCUGGUCUUAAUCAUUUAAAGCAGCAGCAUUAGACUAUUCCCAAGUAUCUAUAGUGUACAAGUUGUUUAUUGUGUGUAGCAAAAGCCUUUAAACUAUAAAGGCUUGCAUUGUGAUUAUCUUUUACAAAUUAACAGUCUGUAAAUGUUUUAUGCUGUUAGAGAAGUGUAUGAGAACAAAGAAGAAUUGUAUUUGAAUGAARUAACUGUGAAAGAGAGUAGUAAAUAUGAAAUUAUUUCUACCAAAAAUGUUGAAAAGCAAUGCACUUAGGGACAAAAAGUUAAACCAAGCUAAGCAUGAUGUAACUAUAUGGAUUGUAGAUACAGGCUUCAGGCUCUGCAGCUUUGUGAGAAAUAGAACAGAUGACAUUGUAUUGCCAUGGCUUGAUUAGGUUUUUAGAUUUUACAUUGCUAUUGGGCUGUAUUGUCAAAGUUCUCCCCUAAAGCUGUGGCUUUUAAAUCUGCCAGCUAAAGUAUUUGUGUYCUUGUGUUAGUUCCCAAAGCAGUGGCACGUGGCAGCUUCCUUGUUAUUGCAGAGCAGACAGGCCUUAGGAACACAAUGGUUUGAGAAAACAUGGUGGCUGAACCCCACCAACCCUCAUGUCGAGGAUGUUACAGGUGACAAAUAAAGAAAAUGUUCUAAUGGCCAAAGUCCAAGAAAAUGUACAUAAAAGUGAGUUUUAAUAUCUGCAUUCCAGCCUUAGCUAUUGUGAGUGUUGUGCAAGGUACAAGUAAUGCAAAGAGCUUCACUCUUAAAGGCCGUGUGAUUGCUCGUUAGUACAAAACCCUUUCUAUUCUAUKUUGAUUUCCUUCUCUUAUUUUGGAGCUGUGGGGAUAUUUUGCUAGGUCACUACCCUGCUGUACCUGAAGCAGGUUUCUAAGAUUCACGGGCUCACUUGUAACAAUGAUAAUAUAAUUUACGAAGUACUCAUGACUGAAGAGAAGAUAAACUGGUCUGAACAGUCUUCAGUGAGUACAUCCCAUUGGGAAGUAUUAGAAAAGGCAUGGGUUGUGGAUGAUUUCAGAGCAGAAUUUUAAAUUAGAACAAGUCAAAGGCUUAACAGCAGUGGACCUUAAACAGCCAGGAAGAUGACAUAUCCUUGAAGUGGAAAAAGAUGGAGAAUAUCUUCUUUCACCCUAAAAUAUUAGAAAGUUUCUCCAAGCGUAUGCCAGAAUCCAGACCUUUUGUAAUCCAGGCUGAUUAGAGCAUACAGAAAACUAAAUUAUGUCCUCCUUUCCAAUUUGUUUUACAUGAAGCAAAAGGUACAAAGGAGACUWACAUUUCAUUCAUAUUAAUUCAUGAAUUGGAAUAUUUGUUUUGAUUAUGAAUUAUGAAAUAAAUGCAAAUCCAGCCACCUGUGGAGAAAAUAAAGGUUUUCACAAUCUGCUUUCCAAGAGUCUUUUAUUGCCAACAGUUUUAGAGAAUGUUUUCAGCUCAUUCGGUACCAGAAACAUUUUGAAAACUUUUAAUAAAAUAUCUCAAACCUUUAAACUGAAGGUGU